UCAAAUCCACUACUAUAAUGGCGAGUAAUGUUGAUGCUGUUACGAGUUUGGUGCAUGUAUUGAUAAUCACUGACAAUGUAUAUAAUGACGGCCAUUGUCGGUCUACAACGGAGAGUACCUUUCCCAAGGUUCCCUGAAUCAUACAGGCCGAUCAUGUGUGGUCUCUUUAAAAAGUCUGGAAGAGUCUGGGCUCUACAACCUGUACCCUGAGUUAGGUGAUGCAAAGGGCAUGGGUAAAUGGGCGAAUCGUGUGCUAGAACUGCGUCAGAAUUGGUCUACCGAGCAAAGAGCGACACCUGAAGAGCUUAGGCUGGCUUUCACUAUAGUCGGGGACUGUUUCAAUAAUGUCGAAACACGUGACAUAGUAAUAAUGCUCCUAACAUUCAAAGCUCGCAAAAGAGGUAAGGAUCUCUUUAAUAAUCUUUGUUUAAAUGGAUAAUGACACUUAAUCAUUAAAGGGAAUAUUAAAGACGAGAACAAACCUCGCGCAGAAUGGGACCGCAGACCAGAUGAGGUCCGAAGAUACGAAAGUGUUAUUAGGUUAUAUUACAAAUCCCUAAUACAGAAUGUCGGCUAGUUGAAAAAAGACCAAUAUUUGAAAUUUCUUACUAAUUUAAAGAGUUUUCAUUUAUAUAAUAAAGGUUCUAUAAUAGAAUUAAAAAUAUAAUAAAACUUUUUGAUUUUUUUUAUUUAUUUUUCAAAUAUUUUAAU